AUGAUGCCCAUACCGCAGCCAAUGCAGCCACAGUACAACACGGGGAACCCGGCUGGCGACCAGGUAAUGCGUUGGAAUGGAAUGGGCGACCCUUCGGGCUUCAUGAACGGUGCUGAUGGUAUCAUGGAUGGGAAUGCUCAUGUUGGGAACUCAUUUGGUCUGGUGCCGGCACAGCCACAAUAUGCUCAGCCUGUGUCGACGCCAUCGAACACGCUUGCUCGACGGCAAAUGAAUCGCGCGCUUGUCCCGACCAAUACCCGGCCCUACGAUGGAGCAGUUGAACCAUGGGGAAACUUUGUUGGCGAUGACAAUGCUUUGCUUCAACAAGCCCCCUCCGAAAACUUGAAUGAGCAAGACAACGUUGAGAUAUUGGAGGAGAUGGCCCAGAAGGCCAAGAGAGAGGCGCAAGCGAAGCGGAAGCAGAUUCCCCCUUUCGUGCAAAAACUGAGCAGUUUCCUUGAAGAGCGCAAGAACGAAGAUUUGAUUCGAUGGUCAGAAAAGGGAGAUUCGUUCAUUGUGCUUGAUGAGGAUGAGUUUGCAAAGACUCUGAUUCCAGAACUGUUCAAACACAACAACUAUGCAUCAUUUGUUCGACAGCUCAAUAUGUAUGGCUUCCACAAACGCGUGGGUCUGUCGGACAACUCGAUGCGAGCCAGUGAGCGCAAGAACAAGAGUCCUAGCGAGUACUCAAACCCAUAUUUCCGACGCGGUCAUCCAAAUCUGCUAUGGCUCAUCAACAAACCCAAGAGUGGAAGCAAAGCAAAGAAGGGGGGCAAGGGUGCUGAGAUCGAUAACGACAGUGAGGAUGAGGGUGCCACCGAGGAGAUCCUCGCCUCUGGGCUAGGGACCUCUGCAGCCCAGGCUCCUCGAUCACUACCAGCUGCUGAUUCUCAACCCAUUCCAAAGAAAGAGAUGACCCUCGUUCGAGAAGAAUUGAGCAAAGUCCGAGAACAACAGAAAUUAAUUCUCGGGGCCAUCAAUCGAUUGCAAAGAAACAACAACGAUCUUUAUCAACAGGCGGUCAUGUUCCAGAAUCAGCAUGACCGCCAUCAAAAUUCUAUCAACGCCAUUCUUAACUUUCUCGCCAAUGUCUUUCGAAAAACACUGGAGGAUCAGGGCAACUCGCAGAAUGUAAACGAUAUUAUUUCGAGCAUGCUCACGAACCAGAAUCAGCAGUCCGCUCAACAUGGCAGUGUGGUCGACCUAGGAGACUUCAUUCAACAGAUGGAUCCUUCAUCAUACGGCACACCUCAUAAGAAGGCUCGCGGCCUGCUACCCCCUAUUCCCAACCAGAGCCGUGCCCAGUCAGUUAGAUCGUCUACCCCGAACAGGUCAACACCUGUCAAUUCAACCUACCAAAGUGUCAAUCAUCACAACCCUGAAAUGGGCCACGUCACAGAACUCCAAGAGAAUUCACCUAGCGACGCAAAUUCCCCCAAUCUACGUCAGGAACUGGAGGCAAACCCUCAUGAGCAGAUGUUGAAGAUGAUUAACGAACACAACGCAACCAACAAUCAUGGCAUGGAUCUGCCAGAGGCUGCCGAGCUUGUGGCCAACGCCCCCAACACGUUGAGCAACGCCCAACGAAGCAAACUGGUUAAUUUCAUGGCUGGCCAGUCCUCUUCUGCUCCAUCUGCCAGGUCAACUCCCGCCCCUACCCCAGUCUCUGCCACACCAGUACCUGCUACUGCUCAAAUACCUACAUCAAAUGCCCACAUGGCCAUGCCGACUAUGCCUACCUCAACCUCAGUCUCACCCCCACCCAUUGAGUCCAACCCAGCUCCUUCGCUUUCCCCUAUCAUGGGACCUCCCAUGGCACCGCCGUCCUUGAACGAGAUCAACACCAACCAGUUGGACCUAGAUCAACUCCAACGUCUUCAAAGUGAGCAAGAUGCAAAGAUUAGCGAACUUGGUAGCAUACUCGGACCACUGAGUCCUUCCGGGCAUGUACCUGGUCUAGGGGAAAACGAGGCGUACUUCGAUCCUCAGUCGGCAGAUUUUGAUCAGUUUUUUGACAGCAACGCUUUAUUUGGAGAUGGGCAGUACAACACUGAUGGCACUGAUUUCAACUUCAGCCUUGAUACAGACCCAAGCCACCCGAAUUCGGCACUACAUACGGGACAUCCCAUUCCCCAUGUGAGCCACCACAAUACUCCAAGUCCCGCGGGUACAGAAGAGAUUACCCGCAAUGACCUGCGGCUAGACAGCACGCCGGAUCGAGGAAUUAAGCGACAACGCGUGGGUUAG